AUGCCGUCUACUCAGUUUGCUUUCAAGGAGAAAUACCGAUACCAGAAUGGCUUCAACUCUUACCAUGAGACGGAAGCAGUAGAAGGCGCGCUUCCAAUUGGCGCAAACUCGCCUCAGAAACCCCCAUAUGGUCUCUAUGCCGAGAAGCUCUCGGGCACCGCCUUCACAGCCCCGCGACACGAGAACCAGCAAACGUGGCUGUACCGCAUCCUGCCCUCCUGCGGACACAGCAACUUCGAGCCUCGCGAGUCCAAGACGUUCAACACGAACCCCGAGAACAAGCCGUGGGAGAAGAUACACUACAUCCCAAACCAGUUACGAUGGGAUCCCUUCGAUCUCGACGAGACGGUGGACUGGGUGCACUCACUCCAUCUAGUGGCGGGUGCGGGUGACCCUACAAUGAAGUCAGGCGUCGGAUACUUUAUCUAUGCCGCAGGAAAGGACAUGGAAGCCAACGAGGCAUUCUACUCGGCUGAUGGCGACUUCUUGAUUGUGGCACAACACGGCGUGCUCGAUAUCCAGACGGAACUGGGGCGCCUCGUUGUGCGUCCGAAUGAGAUUUGCGUCAUACCGCGAGGCAUUCGGUACCGUGUCACCUUACCAGAAGGCCCCGUGCGAGGCUACAUUUUGGAGCUGUACCAAGGUCAUUUCACACUUCCUGAGCUGGGGCCCAUUGGCUCCAACUGCCUCGCAAACGCGCGAGACUUCCAGGCGCCAGUGGCCGACUUCGACGAAGACACCGAGACAGAGUGGAACAUCCUCGCCAAGUUCGCCGGACACCUAUAUGCUGCGAAGCAGAAGCAUACACCCUUCGACGUGGUGGCAUGGCAUGGGCUCUACUACCCGUACAAGUACGAUCUUGGACGCUUCAACACCAUAGGCUCCAUCUCAUUCGACCAUCCAGACCCGUCCAUAUUCACCGUGCUCACUGCACCAACAGACCGGCCAGGUACCGCAGUAGCUGACUUUGUCAUCUUCCCACCGCGAUGGUUAGUGGCUGAGAACACCUUCCGACCGCCAUGGUACCACCGCAACACUAUGUCCGAGUUCAUGGGACUCAUCGGUGGUCAAUACGAUGCGAAGACCGGUGGAGGCUUCCAACCGGCUGGUGCUUCUCUACACAAUGUCAUGUCUGGCCAUGGACCCGACGCUGCGACUCACGAGAAGGCAUCCAAUGUCGACCUACAGCCCAACAAGGUCGGCGAGGGCAGCAUGGCCUUCAUGUUCGAAAGCUGCCUCAUGAUUGGCGUAACAGACUGGGGCCUCACAAAGUGCCAGAAGAUACAAGAGGGCUACAACGCGGAGAGCUGGGAGCCACUGAAGCCGCAUUUCAAGAGGCCUGGCCCUAAGAAGAUUGACAAUGGUGUCUCGCCACUGGUGGCGGGAACUGAGGGUGAUAAGGGCCAAGUGCCUCACUAUACCUGA